UCGUCGUGACGACAACACAGACACACACACAACACACACGUAUUUCUUUUAGUAUAUUGAUUUCGAAUAUUUUUGUUGUUUUCCUUUUUUUGCUCUUGGUCGUGUGAGUGGGGGUGUUUUUUUUUCUCUUGUGGGUGAUGUGGAAAAUGGAUUAAUCAUGAGCCACCUAAUAACCAAAAGCAGUUGUACUACAUCUUCAAUUUCCUAAAUAUACAUACCUACUCUAAGGAAUUUAAUGAAACUUCACCCACUUUGACUUACUGAAGAUGCAUUUACAUUUUGAAAGAACCGUCAACGCCAAGAGUGAUUGUCCGAUUUUAUCACUUACCUGGAUGGGGAAAGUGCCUGAUGAAUUGCCUGAGGACGAAGGCUGGAAACUCAACCGGAACAACUACUACCAAGAGGGUUGGCUUGCAACCGGCAACGUACGAGGAAUAGUAGGAGUGACUUUCACCACCAGCCAUUGCAAAAAGAACGUUGACUACCCUUUACGCACUAAUUAUAAUUUAAGGGGGCAUCGAUCAGAGGUUAUUUUAGUAAAAUGGAACGAACCUUAUCAGAAAUUGGCUUCGUGCGACAGCUCCGGGAUCAUCUUCGUCUGGAUUAAGUACGAGGGCAGAUGGUCCAUUGAGCUGAUCAAUGACCGGAAUACUCCAGUGACACAUUUCUCUUGGUCCCACGACGGUAGGAUGGCGUUGAUUUGUUACCAGGACGGAUUCGUCUUAGUUGGCUCAGUGGCGGGUCAACGUUACUGGUCGUCGAUGUUAAACCUGGACGCGACCAUCAGCUGCGGCAUCUGGACCCCGGACGACCAACAGGUCUACUUCGGCACCACAUCCGGUCAAAUUAUCGUCAUGGACGUGCACGGUGCGAUGGUCUCUCAGGUGCAACUGAGCGGUGACGUAGGCAUCACCUCGAUGGCCUGGUCCUGCGAGAAGUUCAAGAUGGAGGAGGGCGAAGACGAACUCACCGGCACAGGUAGCGUUAGACAAAGUAGGCGCUUUUAUUCAAAAGGAGACAAAAAGUUCGUUCUGGCAGUAUCCCUUCAAAACGGCUACAUCUAUCUACUGUCAACGUUCGACGACGUAGCUCCCAUUCACAUUAACACGGGCCUCCAAGGUCCCCUCUGCAUGGAAUGGAGCAACUCCAGAGAACUCCUGGCUGUAGCUGGAAUCACCCUUAAGUCACCCACCUUAGGACCCCAAAUGGAAUAUUGUAACAUGCUGAAGUUUUAUACGGACAAGGGCAUCUUGUUGUAUCAAACUCAAAUUCCCGACACAUAUGCAAGAGUUUCGACUUUAACGUGGGGCCAUAACGACAAAAGGCUGUUUUUAGCCACCGGCACCCAAAUCCAUAUAGCGUGGGUGGCCAAGAGGAUCGCCUCGUUGCAACUGCUUUGUAGACUCAGAAUUUACAAUUUGAUCCCUAACGAAUCGAUGCUCAGUCGACUACCGUUGCCUAUAAGACUCAGGAAUAUCAUUGGGAACCUUUUCGCGCAAACUAUUCGGUGUUGCGUGCCUGAUUUGGGCACCUUAAGGGAGUUCGUGUCCAGGCCUCCAGUCGGUUCGGUCAGGUUGCACUGUACAAUGAUCAGGCACGACGAGGAUUGCAACAUUUCAUCUGGCACAUGCUACACUUUAUAUUUGGAGUAUUUGGGGGGGCUGGUGCCACUUUUGAAGGGCAAAAGGACCAGCAAAAUUCGACCUGAGUUUGUCAUAUUCGAUCCUCAAGAAGACGAUCGAGGUUUCCAUCAGCACUCCUCGUCGGACACCAAAAGCUCCUCGAGCUCUUCGACUGCGAACGCUAGUGGUGGGAUAAGUGAUAGUUCCGACUCGGAGAAAGAGGAUGGCUAUGGAGGAUGGUAUAUGGCUUCACCGCGCAUGCAAAGGAAGAAGAAGAAGAAACAGAAGACAGGGAAUCAUCAUGAUAAGAGCGAGAGGUCCACUCAGACUGACAGGUGGCAUUACAAGGAGGGUGAACUGGACCAAGACGAUUUGAGUUAUGUGGAUACACUGCCUGAGCAAGUGAGACUGGUGGAAGUAACAUCAAACAUUUGGGGUACGAAAUUUAAAAUUCACGGGUUAGCUGCGGUAGUUCCGGCGAAUUUGGGGCAAGUCACUUAUAAGACGUCGCUUUUGCAUCUGCAGCCGCGGCAAAUGACUUUGGUUAUAACGGAGCUGCGAGAUGAUUUUCCGAUUUUUCCCGAUCCCUCUUUCAAUCCGAACCUGUUUAGCGAGGACGAGGAGGAGCAAGUUGUCGGACAGGUCGAUGAGAAGCCCAAAUGUUCACGAAUGACGAUAGAGGGUUGUCCACCAAUCGCCCCGAUGUCUCCCCGCACCAGCGCCCUCAACAGGCAAAAAUCCUACUUAAACUCGGAACCGAUGAGUAGUAGCAACCCGUCUAGCAACAGUAGCAACGCGGAACCUAACCGUCGCGACGAAAAAUCCUCUUCUUUCAGUGAAAACGAAGAUCGUGAUCAGCACGUCCGUCCACAAAAUUUAUUACGUCCAACCAGCAGUCAAAACUCGACCAGUUUUAUCGGACCGCUCGGCAAAUCGGGUGGUCAGAACCAAAAACACGCCAUUUCGCCGAUCUGCUGCGAGGUGUCGGUGCCGGCACUACAAUCGCCUAAAAAUGCCGUAGCACCUAGCGAUAUCAUCUUCGAUAGGCCGUCAGGACCCACCAUUAUCUCUUAUAGCUCCAAUAGUAACGGUGGUUUACAGGUGAAACCGAAUUUCGAACAGCAUCACUCGAAAAACGACAUUUCCGUCAGUUUUAAUUUGAACGGGACCGAUCAUAAGCCGAUAGCUUUGAGGAAACCGGAUGCUGACGCGAAGCACAAGGCAGUGGUGGCUGUUGUGGAGUCAGUUAGUUCCAAAAGCGCCAAUGGGAAGCCUGAGGAUGAACAGAAGCCGAAACUUGAUGAGAAAACUAAUACAUCAGCAGCAUUUCUACCUUCUGGAAUAAUGACCAGAAGCUGUAGCGUCGGCUAUUUGGACAUGGUGGAUGCUCAAAUGGUACCGCCCAGUUUUAGGUUAUCGAAUCUGAACCGCGGUGACAAUCCGAGUAAAAGGCUGAUUUUAGUAAAUAAUCCAAAAGACCCCAAUAAAAAGCGCCAGAGUCGCCUACGGCAACGGCCCAACGCGAAACAGGCCAAUCAGCUCGAGAAGUCAAAAAGUUUGGAUUCCAGUGAUAUUUUUCAUAGUUCUAGUUCUAGUCCUAGUUUUGUACUGAAACAGAAACAGAUUCCGGAACAGAGGGAACCGAGCGACCCCCCGCCGGCCGAAAUCGCUAAAACUACUAACGUAGAUAAAAUAAUUAGACUCGACGAUGGCUGUAAUAGUAAUAUUAAUUAUAAUAAUAGUAGCAAAAACGGCGAAAUCCAAAAUAAUAAUAUUAAUAUUAAUAAUAAUAAUAAUAGGAGAAGUGCCAGGGACUUCUUUUCGUCGCCGCUAAUGAGAAGGAAAAAGGAGCCUAAAGGUAAAACAAGGACGGAAAACGAGGAGAGCAGUCCCAUAGAGAAGAACGGAGUGCCUAUACAUACCCAGGCUUUAGUUAACUUAGAAAAACUAAUUACCAGGCUAAGAGAGGACGACUCUAGUAAGGCGACACCCCCAAGUUCACCCAGGUUACCUAGGAGCUCACCGUCCUCACCUGCUCCAAGUAAAAAAGGUUUUAGGCCUCAGUCCGCCUCGCCUAUCCGUAGAAAAAUAAUGAAUUCGCCGUUCCUACGGCGCCGCCAUAAAAACAUCCAAGAAAGUUCCGAUGACGAGGUGACCGCCUCCGGAGACGAGAUCUUCAACGGUACCAACUACAAGGACCUGGAAACGUUCCAGAAAUCGCAACUAAGGCAAAAACUAAAGCGGGGUAAGAUCGAGCCGAACGGGGCGAGUUGCUGCAACAACAACCAGAAUUCGACGCAGAGAAGGGAGUUCGUGAUGCACAACAAGGCCCCGAUGUGGAACGAGAACAGUCAAGUUUACCAGUUGGACUUUGGGGGGAGAGUUACUCAGGAGUCGGCCAAGAAUUUUCAAAUUGAGUUUAGAGGAAAGCAGGUGAUGCAGUUUGGCCGUAUCGACGGUAACGCCUACACCUUGGACUUCCAGUAUCCGUUUUCAGCAUUGCAAGCGUUCGCGGUCGCCCUCGCCAACGUCACCCAACGUUUAAAAUAGUUCACGUUGUCGUUCCACGGUGCCAAGAUGAGGAGGUGUAGAUGUCGCGUCGGUGAUCUGCACAGUUUCUGUCUCUUUUGUCGCAUCGAGAGACAAAGAUAUCAGAUAUGAAGAGGAUCAUCUUCAUAUUAUGUAACCAGCCUGCCAUCGGUAUACACGUCUGGUCAACUCAUGUUUUGCGUGCAGUGAAGCUGCAUUGUCGUUCUCUCAUUCACUUAAGGUUCUUCUGUUGCAUGCAUGGGUACUUCGGCCUUCAAGAAUGACAUUGGCCAGUCGUGUAUACUAGAUUUAAUGCUAUUUAAUUUGUAGUCCAAUGGGGUUCUUUUUUAGUGCCUAUCCUUCAUUAAAAUGUGCGACUGGUAGUUAAAUUUGGGUGGCAAAAAGUAGACACUGAUGUACUAAAAAAAUUCUUUACAUAUACCAGGCAUAUUUCGUUGUAUAAUUGUACUAAAUCCUGUAUAAAAAUAUUCAUUUAUUACAGAAAUUUAUUAACAAAAAUCAAAUAUUUUUAAAGAAAUUAAGCUAGAAAACGAUAUUUUUGAAAUUUGACGUUGACUUGACAAGAAUGACAUUUACACCACAUAAAAAAGAAUGACAAAAACAAAAUGGCUGCUAGGGAGCAGGAGAGAGGAGGGUCAUAAAGAACCCCAGUGACAUAUAUUAUAGUUAAAUUCUUGGGCGCAUGUGCAAUAUGAAGCUUAAGUCAAUUUUUUUGGAUAUUUCUACAGUGUGUCAAAAACAGGGUUCUACCCUUAUUAAAUAAUAUAAAAGGCAAGCAACAAUUUUAUAGAAAAAUAAAGUUUAUUAUGAUUUUUUUCUAUGGUGGUGCCUUUGUUAGGACUAUUUAUUUAUGGAUGCGUUAUAUUGAAUCGGGUUUUGCACUAAAUAUUUAUAAAUGAUAACCAUCAGUGCCGCGUUAAUUGUAUUUUUAAUUAUAAAACAAAUAAUGCCAAUAAAUAAUGCUUUGUAUACAGUUUUGUAGCCUACGUAUUAUAGCUGCAACCUAAUCAAACAUAGAACACUUUCUUUUCUAUGAGUUUUUUGUUUUGUAUAUUGUUUUAAAAAGAAAGUGUCUUAUAUACAGGGUGGUUUGCAUAUACUUUGCCAAUAGUGUAACUGUAUUGCGACAUGUUGUCUAUUUUAUAGCUGUUUUAUGGUAGUUUUGUUACCUGUUUAUAUAAUGGUUAUUUAUUAUUA